CGGACCACAACACGGAAGUCCAGCCGAAUGUUCGCUGUAGUAGAAAACCUGUCGUAACUCCGUGAAAUCUGGGCUUUGAACUCAUUGUCAUUCGGACCCUGGUGGUUGAGGGUCUCAGUAGACGGUUCAAUGUCUGAUUCCUCAGAACUUCCUAAAGAAGAAGAGGAGGAGGUUUCACCUGAACCAGAGGACCAAUCCGACGACAGCAGUGGGGAAGAGGCUGCAGGAGACACAGAGAUGGAUUUCCUGCGUAACCUCUUCUCCAGCACCCUCGGUCUCGGCUCGGCAGACAAAGUUCUGGAUGAGCUGACUCUGGAUGGAGUGGCGCAAUACAUAAAGAGCGGCAAAUGUAAAAACAUCAUCUGCAUGGUUGGAGCAGGAAUAUCCACAUCGGCUGGGAUUCCUGAUUUCCGCUCACCAGGGACUGGCCUGUAUGCAAACUUGAAAAAAUAUAACCUGCCUUACCCAGAGGCCAUCUUCCAGAUAGAUUACUUUAAGAAACAUCCAGAGCCUUUCUUUGCCUUGGCCAGGGAGCUUUACCCGGGACAGUUUAAGCCGACAAUCUGUCACUACUUCAUGAAGCUUCUGAAGGACAAGGGGCACCUGAGACGCUGCUACUCACAGAACAUCGACACUCUGGAGCGUGUGGCCGGGCUGGAGGGAGAUGAUCUGAUUGAAGCUCAUGGAACGUUCUACACGUCCCACUGCGUCAGCUUCACUUGCCGCAAAGAGUACAACCUGGACUGGAUGAGAGAUAAAAUCUUUUCUGAAGACAUUCCUCGAUGCGAUAAGUGCAGCAGUUUAGUGAAGCCAGAUAUCGUCUUCUUCGGGGAGAAUCUACCCACCAGGUUCUUCACGUCAAUGAAGAUGGACUUUCCUCGCUGUGAUCUCCUCAUCGUCAUGGGGACGUCUCUGCAGGUCCAACCGUUUGCCGGUCUCGUCGGCAGGGUUUCAAAAAGUUGCCCCCGUCUGCUCAUUAACAUGGAGAAGGCAGGGCAGUCCGAUCCUCUGUUUGGGUUGCUGGGUUGCGGAGGAGGGAUGGACUUUGACUCAGACAAGGCGUACAGAGACGUAGCUCACAUCAGUACAUGUGAUGACGGCUGUUUGGCUCUCGCUGAGCUGUUGGGAUGGAAGGCGGAGCUGGAGGAGCUGGUGAAGCAGGAGCACGCCAGGAUCGACAGCCAGGACCAGAAAGAGAAGUCCGGUGAGAGCAAAGGAGCUGCAGCCGAGGUGAGCUCUGCUGCAUCCGUGGCACCAGAGCCCCAGAAGGAGGAGUGACUUAUUAAAAAAAAGCUCCCUUUCUGAGAAAAGCUGCCGUCACAGUGUGGAGAUGGCCCUUAAAGGGGAGAUGAUGAUGAUGAUACCAGGGUUUCGAAGGGUGUUGCGCUUUCAUUUUCCACCUGCGGACAUUUAAUUCUUCUGAACAAUCUCACUCUUGACAUCCCUGUGUUUUAUGCUUCUGAUUUUAUCAGUUCUUUGCACCUUACUGACGUUAAUCUACUUAUAUAUUUUUUGGUUUUGCACAAGUUUACACCUGUCUCAGCUGUACAUUUCUUUCAGAGGCAGUUAACUCUAUGCAUGGGCAGAUUUUACUGCCACUUCAUUGAGUUUGUGAUUUCAGUUUAAGACCCCAGAAAAGAUAAACCAGGCUAUUGUGUCAUUUUUUCUCCCCCCAAGCUGAAAUCUAAUGCUCUGAUUGGUCAACGAUCUCUUAAAGGGAUCCUAUGUUUCACAGAAUUAACGUCCUGAUAGGAGAGCUGAGGUAGUUGUAAAUAUAACGGAGGGACAACAGGUUAAGUGGAACUUUUAAAAUGUUUUAAAUUAACAGUGUUUUUCUUCUUAACAACCUUUAAUUGAUCUCUAUAAUUUCUUCUAACACAAUGUUAAUGAGGCGAGUUAAAGCUUAUGGAGCAACAAACUAUUAACGAGGUGCACAACAUGAUUUUGCAGUCAGGACUGUAGUUGAUUCUGCUUUUUGAACCUUUGGGGAUAGUUUAAGUUCUGCAGAAACACAAGCAAGAUAACAAGACAAGAAUUGCUAAAAUACGUACAAGAAGUAGUUUCAUAGGAAACUAAUUGGGUUAUCUGGAAAAAAAGCAUGAAUUGUUGCAUAAUGAAAUAAAAAUACACAUUACCAUCUGUACAAAAUAUUGGAAACAAUACAAAAACCUUGCAAUAAAUUUGACCUUUGUAAAGCUGAUAAUAUUGAUUUUUGUUGAGACUGUGUCAGAGAGGAGCUGAUUCAUCUCAGUGGUCCUUUCUCAUCCUUUAGCUAGCAGCAGAUCUAAAUGUAUGCAGUCUAUAGAAACAGAUUGCACCCUGGA